AUGGAAAAUGUGUGGGACCAGACAAGUGUUCGUGCUUCACAGGAUAUCGAGGACCACACUGUGAUGAAGGUGGAGUAUGUGAACGAGUGCGGUUUGCAGAAGAGACGGUGUUCCCAGCGCUGCAUGAACACACCAGGCAGCUACCGUUGUUACUGUGAGCCGGAAUACACCCUAAAAGCAGAUGGAUACACCUGCAUCAGAGAUACCACAUGUUUCUCUCUGCGCUGCCAGUUUGGUUGCCAGGUGGAGAGAUGGGGAACACUACAGUGCCUGUGUCCGCCUGGCCUCCACCUGGCAGCUGAUGAUAAGAACUGUGAAGAUGUAGAUGAGUGUCAGAAGGCUGAUGUGUGUCCACCGCAGCUGACCUGCAAGAACACAUUCGGCAGCUUCGUUUGUGUUUGCAAAGAUGGCUUUGUGAUGGGAAGCCUGCGGGGAUCUGUGGAGUGUCGAGACAAGGAUGAGUGUCUGAUUGGAAAUCACAUGUGCAGCCGCCAUGCUCGGUGCAUUAACACAGAGGGCUCCUACACCUGUCGCUGCUUAGAGGACCACUUUGGCAACGGACGCUCCUGCCGGCCCAGGAGAGCUCCACAGUCUAAGGCUGCCAUGUACUUCAACUACAGACUGUCCAAAAGGACCAGAGCUGUCCGCACUGCGGUUUAGAUCCAAAAGGCUCCAAUAAAAAUGAAAUAAAUCCACUUAAGAUAAAG